AGCGCGAGCAGCAUCAUGUCGGCGGAGGAGGAGCUGCCGGUGUACCUCGCGCGGCGGCCGGGCAGCGCGGAGCCGGUGUCCCGCCGGAAGCACGGCGGGCUGUUCUGCCGCGUGGAAGGAGCGCACGAGAGCAAGACUAUCGACUUCCGCGCGCUGAGCGUCGGACAGCGGGGCGCGAGACCGGAGCCGGCGCGCGGGGACACGCGCUUACCGAGCAGCGAGCAGGAGCUCAAAACCCAGGAGAAGAUCAAAGCAGACGGAGAGCACGAGCUUCACCGUAACCCUCCGGAGGAACCGAGUGAGCGGUUGCUGGUUAAAGGGGGCCGGAUUGUGAAUGAUGAUCAGUCGUUCUGUGCUGAUCUCUACAUGGAGGACGGUGUGAUAAAGCAGAUCGGAGAUAAUCUGAUCGUGCCGGGAGGCGUGAAGACGGUGGAGGCGGAGGGGAAGAUGGUGAUUCCGGGGGGGAUCGAUAUUCACACCCACUUUCAGAUGCCGUACCGCGGAACCGUCACCGCCGACGACUUCGCCCAGGGAACCAAAGCAGCUCUCGCCGGGGGAACCACCAUGAUCGUGGAUCAUGUGAUCCCAGAACCCGGCAGCAGUCUGGUGGAGGCGUUUGAGGUGUGGAAGAACUGGGCGGAGGAGAAGUGCUGCUGUGAUUAUGCUCUGCACGUGGACGUCACGCACUGGAACGACAGCGUGAAGCAGGAGGUGGAGACUCUGCUGAAGGAGAAAGGAGUGAACUCGUUUCAGGUCUAUAUGGCCUUUAAAGAUCUUUAUCAGUUGAGCAACAGUGAGCUGUAUGAGAUCUUCACCUUCCUCGGGGAGCUGGGAGGAAUUGUUCAGGUUCAUGCAGAAAAUGGAGAUAUCAUUGCUGAGGAGCAGACGCGCAUGCUGGCGAUGGGCAUCACUGGGCCAGAGGGGCACGUCCUCAGCCGACCAGAGGAGCUGGAAGCUGAGGCGGUGUUCAGAGCCGUCACUAUUGCCAGUCAGACGAACUGUCCGCUCUAUGUGACUCGUGUGAUGAGUAAAAGUGCAGCGGACAUCAUUUCUCAGGCCAGGAAAAAAGGAAAUGUGGUUUUUGGUGAGCCAAUCACAGCCAGUCUGGGUACAGACGGGACUCACUACUGGAGCAAGAACUGGGCUAAGGCUGCUUCUUAUGUGACGUCGCCUCCUCUCAGCCCCGACCCGACCACCCCGGACUACCUGAACACCCUGCUGGCCAGUGGUGAUCUGAACGUGACGGGCAGUGCUCACUGCACCUUCAGCGUGGCUCAGAAAGCCAUUGGGAAGGACGACUUCACUCAGAUCCCUGAGGGCGUGAACGGAGUGGAGGAGCGGAUGUCUCUGGUCUGGGAUAAAGCUGUGGUUUCUGGUAAGAUGGAUGAGAACAUGUUCGUGGCAGUGACGAGCACCAACGCAGCCAAGAUCCUGAACCUGUACCCGCGUAAAGGCCGGGUCGCCGUGGGCUCUGAUGCUGAUCUGGUGAUCUGGGAUCCGGACCUGGUCAGAACCGUCACAGCGAAGACGCACAACUCGGCUGCAGAGUAUAACGUGUUUGAGGGUAUGGAGCUGCGUGGAGCUCCGGCGCUGGUGAUCUGUCAGGGGAAGAUCGUGCUGGAGGACGGGAAGCUGCAGGCCACGCCCGGGUCCGGACGCUUCAUCCCCUGCUCACCGUUUCCCGACUUCGCCUACAAGCGUGUUAAAGCCAGGAAACAGCUGGCAGUGUUGCGGGCGGUGCCUCGGGGCAUGUACGACGGACCCGUCUCAGACUUUACUCCGAUGUCUCGGGGCGGAACCCCCUCCGCUUCUAACCGCAGCUCUCCCACCAAGGCCCCCAUCAGGAACCUCCAUCAGUCUGGAUUCACUCUAUCAGGUCCUGAGGAAGCUCCCAUCCGGCCCGCUGGAAGGCGUGUAGUGGUUCCUCCUGGCGGUCGUUCCAACAUCACUUCCCUCAGUUAAAAACGAAAAAGAGUUAUAAAAUCUGAUGCAGCACUGAGGAAAGUCAUUAAAAUAGAGAAAACAAGCAAAACACGGGAUCCUCAUGCCUUACCUUAAGAAAACGUUUAAACCUACCUUCAGCUUUAAAGAGCGCAGACAGACCUUCUCCUAGGAACAGCUCAGCAGAUGGUCUUUAAUUACAGUAUUAAUAAAAUGGUGAAUUGCUGUAAGAAUUGGGAUGGCAGUGCAUAAGUACAGUUUAGUUAUCAGCAUCUGUUUUUAAAAAGAUGAUUUUCCAGUUAAAUAUUUAUUUCCUGGAGAGGGUCUGCUGUCGUGCUUUUAAUGAAGUAUUAACCUUUAAUUUGUUUAUUUUAGAUUUCAGUGGCUUUAGGAUAUUCUGUCUCUAGGAUCUUGUCUGUUUACUAUUUGGUCAUACUUCCUUAUUUGAUAAAAUUAAAAAUAAAAAAAUAAAAUUUCAUUGUUUAAUCCAUCUACAGUAAUCAGAGGAAUGCAUAAAUAAUUUAUGAAUUAUUUUUAUUGCCAGAAAUGACUAACUUUCUCUUUUGUAAAAGAAAACACAAAAUCUAUGUAAAAACAUUUUUUUUCUAAAACUAAACAUUUGAAAGAAACCUCAUUGAAGCAAUCUCUUUACUUUAUGGUUUACAGAGCUCUUAUCAGUAUUGAUAAGAUAAUAAAUCAAUCAAGUUUAAGUUCUGAACACAGACCAAAAGCUCCAUUAAGAGUAAGAGUAAACUUUUACAAAACUGUUUCUCCAUCAGCAGCCGGAGUCUGAGAGAGAGCAUAGGGAUUGAUUAAUUGGCCCUCUGAAUUGGGGAGUAUUUUAUCAUCAAGAAUAAAUUUUACUAAACAGCAAAUAAAUCAAAGAGGCUGAAGUUCUUGCACUUAACUGAUGUUCUCAAAAAACUACAAUACCCAAUCAUAGAACUACAAUUGCCCCGUUCUGGACAGAAUGCCAUGAGGGUCAAAAUGCAUGCACAAUACACAACAGGGAGAAAAAAUGGAUAAAAUUAGAAACAUUAUUUUUUAAAGAAAAACUUAAAUGGUACAGGUAAGGAUAUUGUUUUUGAUUUGAGUUCCCUUCACAGUGUCCUAAAACUACAGAAAAACAAGAAGGUGGACAUUUAUAGUUUUUCAAAUAAAGUUAAUAAACAUUCAUUUUUAUAAUAUGUAUUUGUCAUUUCUGGCAAAGAAUUGUCUGUUGCUUGUAUUUGGAUUAAGAAAUACUUUUUUGAAAAAUAUAGAAUGAGCAAAAUGUACACAGACUGGACCCCAACCAACAUUGUAUGGAUGAAUGCCAGUGUAAGCGUAGUGGAUAACAGUCUGUAUGGGGAAGGUAGGCAGGACCUCCUCAAACAAAACAAAUAAUCCCCCCAAACUCUUAAACCUGACUAGAGAUUAAAACAACAAAACCCCAAAAAUCGUCCGUGAUGCUUCACAUCACUAAAUAAACAAAGUGCUGCACUGUAAUAUUAGAAUAAAUUUAAAAAAUAAAAUAAAUUAAUAAAAAUAAUACAAUUACAUUUUAAAUUUCACUGAAAACCUGCAGAUAUUCUUACUUAUUUAUGUUAUUGAAUUAAAACCUCCAUACUGAUGAUACUCCAGAUUAGUUACGUCCUGAAGCUGCAAUAAGCAGCUCUUUCUGUUGCCUUCUGUGUUUCAUUCCUGCUUAUUUCAGUGUAAAAAGACAGAACUGAAGGACUGCACUAAAACAGGUGCACCGGCGGGUCAGUUCUCUGGCGGGUCAGUUCUCUGGUGGGUCAGUUCGCUGGCGGGUCAGUUCUCUGGCGGGUCAGUUCGCUGGCGGGUCAGUUCUCUGGCGGGUCAGUUCUCUGGCGGGGCAGUUCUCUGGCGGGUCAGUGUUGCUGCAGUGGGGAGGUUAAUGGCAGUGCUUGUCUGUUUAGAAGUGAGUAAAGUGUGUCUGUAGAGAUUGUUGUGUGAAGUGUUUUAAAGAGCAGUUCAGUCUUUAUUUUGCAAUAUUUAUGUUUGAUGUUUGAUUUUUUUUUAUGUUCCUUUUUUACUGUUGAAUAAAAAUAAUGAGGUAGGUCAAAACUAGUGAUGUGCAAAAAUAUGUUCCUGAAUAAAGACAAGAUGUAACUAA